ACACAAAACGGGAAAAUAACAUCUUUAGCAUUUUUCAUGUAAAGCAAGUAUACAUGGUCCCCAAAUAAUUUUGGGUCAGUCAUUUAAAUCGUAUUGGUUUCAUGUAUUUAAGCUUUUAUUACAAUAAAAAGGCGACAACUGCCUGCUUCCAGUUAGCUAAUUUUGUGAGACUAGUGAUUACCGUAGUGUUAAGCUAGCGGGUUAGCCGAAAAUGUAAUGUGUUGUAAAUGUUAGUAUAAGUGUGCAUCACCUUUUCAUACCUAAAACCCUUAAAAUACAUUGAUUAACUGCAGCAAAACACUCAUACGGGAUGACUGCUGCACAACCUGCAGCCAAAGAGCUGGAUUUAAAUGAUGAGGACGAUCUUUUUGACGCUGUGCUGACUGGGUCGGUGGACAAGGAUAAAACAUUGCCAUCAACACAGAGCAAGACUGAAGUUAAAACAGAUAAUAAUGCAAAGUUCAACCCACCAGAGACAUCAAAAUUAACGCCACCGUCCAAAAAACUAGGGUUGUAUCUGGGAAAAUUCCCUUGGUGGGUAACAGAAGAAGACGUAUUGCGGUUAGUCAAUAAUCUUGGUGUGCGGGAUGUAACUGAAGUUAAAUUUGCAGAAAACAAAGUGAAUGGACUCUCCAAAGGGUAUGUUAAAGUAAUGGUGAGCUCUGAGGAUUCAAUGAAAUUACUUCUGGAUAAAGUACCAAAAUGCUCUCUUGGUGGAGAAAAGAUUAUUUGUCGUUAUGCUAAUAACUUCAAUCUUUCAUUGUUUGAAGACAUGGCCAAACAAAGUAAAGGUGUUCCAGGUUUCCCACCACGCGCACGUUCCUAUAACAUGAAUGAUUCGGGCUCUUCAUUUUUACCACAGAACCCGUUUGAUUCUACUGUGCCUCAACAGUUUUUUCACCCAUUUGCCAACACAGCUGAUUCUGCACCCAACCCAUUUCUAAGCUACCCACCUCCUCCUUUACCAUAUAUGCCACCCCCACCCUUCAUGUUCCUGAACUUUAUGAAUCCUCCUGCCAACCCCCCUCAAGAUCAAAAUGCAAAUGUCGAAACUGCUGGCACAUCGCAGGAGGGGCAUAGCAGCAGCACACUGAACAGGGACGAAAAAACAGAUAAAGGUUUUGAGGAACUAAUAAAUAGGAAUCGAGCAGUUGCUAGUACUGCCAUCAGCAAGGCUGUGUCAGGAGCAACAACGGGAGACUUGAGGGUGGCUAUGGAAACACUUUUAACAGCAAUUUCAAUCAUCAAACAGUCCAGAGUGUAUCAAGAUGAUCGCUGUCAAGCUAUGGUCACCUCUCUGAAAGACUGUUUAGUGUCCAUUCAAGGAAGUUACGGCUUCAGCAGGCACAGUGAAGAGAAAGAGCGGGAUAGACGGAAAUCGUCAAGCAAAGAAAGACGACGUUCAUCUCGGGGGGACAGAGAUCGAUCCCGGAGCAGUGAAAGAAGCAGUCACUCUAAAGAACGCUCUCGAGAACGUGACAGAUACAGGGAUAGAGACAGAGACAGAUAUUACUAAAACUGCCGUGAGGGUAAGCCAAAUUGUGAAUGGAAAUCGUUGUCAUUUCCUUCUUCACUAGCAUAUUGCUUUUGUUUUUUCCUCCUUAGACUGAGUUUAUAUUGUCGAUGCAAAGACAGGAUUUUAUUUCUUCAAUUAACAUUUGAAUGUACAUAAAGGUGAGGCUGAUUGAAAACCUACAAAUGAGAUAUACCUUUAUCAUCUGCCCUCACAGUCCGUUUUAUCUAUUACAGUUGUAGACUUGAUGCCAAGACAUCAGGUUUCACUACUUGCAUGUUCUACACACAUUUAUUGUAAUAAUGUAAUGUGCUGUUUUUUUUUAAUUAAAUUUAUCAUAAAUUGA